AUGGCCUCCAAAUCUGCUGUUGCUUUGUUAAUGGUUAACCUAGCAUUGUUUGCAUUUGUGUCAGCAAAUGCAACAGCAACAUGCCCAGAUCUGAAUGCUUGUAUCAACAUAGCAGAUGGUCUUGUUAAUGCUGAAUUAGGUGGACAAUCAGGUACACCAUGUUGUGAACUCAUUCAUGGAAUUGCUGAUGCUGAUUUGGCUCUUUGUCUUUGCUCAAGCUUACAAAACACUCCUUUAGGAAGCACCCUUGGUGUUCUUAUUAACCUUCUUGGCGGUCUCUUAGGUGGCCUCACUGGCAACUCACUCCUUAACAAAGAGCUUCUUGUCAUCCUUAACUCUUGUGGUUACAACAAUGCUUCCCUUUACAAGUGUUAUUAA